AUGACACCGACACCCGUGGGCGAUGGUGCGAAAGGCACCACCCACACCGUUUAUGAAAUGGGAUCGACAGCAACCUCCACAAUGUCGCUGUCCACGACGGCAGAUAGCACCAGAAGAAAUUCUGACGAACUCGAUGAUCUUCCUGAUUCACAAGAUGUUACCGACCUGCACAAAGUUCCCACGACCCGGACUCGCCGGGGUUCGCACAUGGGAGAAGCACUUGAGAACCUAGCCAGCUCUUUAAGUCAUCAUCACGACGGCCACCUAGAAUUGGAUGCCGUGCCUUCACGGCGAAGCGAGCGCAGCACUCGCCGCUCUUUCAGACACGCGUCGCCGAGAAGAAUGCCCGAUCUCGCUGAGGAGGCUGGCUCUCCAAGCGAGGCCAAAUACCAAGGGAUUCCUCCUGAGAUUGGUAGCUUCACAGCCGAAGUCAUUUUCGUGUUUGUGUGCUCUGCUGGCCUGAUGCUAUUCUCCUUUCUACUCGGCGAUAUCACGGUAAAUCAAGAAGAAUUCAAGCGCUCUCUGGGCAUCAGCAAUAGUGAACUUCCCUGGUUAUUGGGUGCAUAUACUACGCCACUCUCCCUCUCUGUCGUGAUAUCAGGCUCACUGAGUGACUUGGCGCCACCGAGAAUGAUCAUGGUCUGCGCAUUUGCGUGGCUUCUCGUUUGGAAUAUUGUCGGUGUGUUCGCCACCGAAAAGGCGAUUCUAUUCUAUAUCGUCAGAGCUAUGCAGGGACUUGCCAUUGGAGUUUUAGUCUCCGGCUCAAUGAGUAUCCUCGGCCGAGUCUAUAAGCCAGGCCGCGGAGCGUUGAAGUCUUACCUAUACUGGAUUUUUGGCUCAAACGCCAUCCUUUCUGGAAUCUGCCUUGUCGCGGCUUACACCACAAUCCCUCCACUUCGUCCCGUGGCUGACAUAGCCGGCACGGAUGCACCGACAAUUCGAGACUUUGACUUCAUAGGCGCUGGAUUUGCAGUGACCGGCUGCAUCUGCCUUUUAUUUGGCCUGACACAAGGAUCCGUUGUACAAUGGAGCCCAUACACAUAUGCCCUCGUGGUGGUCGGGAUUCUGCUGUUGAUCGCUUUCUUUUUUGUGGAACGUUGGGUUUCACGACCACUGAUCCCUAAUAGCCUAUGGAAAACAAAGGGCUUUACUCCUCUCAUGGUGGCAUACUUUCUCGGCUAUGGCGCCUUCUCCGGAGCCUGGCAAUUCUACGCGGUCCAGUUCUGGCUACGCAUCCAGAAUCACGAGCCGCUCACGGUCGCAUUAUAUCUCCUUCCAAAUGCGAUAGUAGGAGUCCUAGCCACGUGGCUAGUCAGUAAGACUCUUCACAUAGUUCCUGGCCACUUCAUCUAUCUCACGGCGAUGUUCGCAUUUGCCCUGGGACCGGUAUUUUUCCUACCGCAAACAUCAGGAACAACCUACUGGGCACUAUCGCUCCCGGGAAUCGCGUUAGUGACAUUUGGUCCGGAUCUUUCAUUCGCGGCCGCUUCGAUCUAUAUCACAAGCAACGUGCCACGCUCAUACCAAGGGAGUGCCGGCAGUCUUCUCGUCACCAUGCAGAAUCUGAGUUCUGCCGUCAUGACGGCUGUCGCCGAUGCGGUUGGGACGGGAGUUGACCGUGGGCCAUCUGGCGAUAUUGGUCUAGAAGGAUUGAGAGCGAUCUGGUGGUUUGCUCUCGCAUGUGAGGUUGUCGCUGGUUGUAUUACGUUGUUCUGGGUGCGGAUUCCAAAAGAGGAGGAGAAGGAGCAUGUUACUUGA